AACUCACCAAGCCGUGCCUUCCCCUCUCCUCGUCUUCACAAACGCCGGACACCACCACCACUAUAGUCUAAGCCGGCCAUGGAGCUGCUGCUGCUGCUCCCGUCUCGCGCCACCACAGCUCGCCCGCUCCUUCCCACCAGCCCGCUUCGCCGCAUCGGCACCGCCCGGCCGGCGGCCAGCUCUAGCAACGUUGAGGUCAUCGACACAACGGCGACGUCGGGCGUCGCCGUGAACAGCCAAGAACGGCGCGCAGGCGGGCUCGGGUUGGACCUGUCGGAGGAGAUGCGGCGCGGGAUGAUGUGGCGGAUGCUGGCGCCCCCAGCAGCAGCAGUCGCGGCGGAGGCCACAUUCCUGAGGCUGCUCGACCGCUCGGCGUCAGGGGACGCGCCGGCCUGGGCCGCCGCCGCGGGCUCAGCCGUGCUGUUCGCGGUGGGGCUGCUCGGUGUCCACUACGGGUUCCUGUCGUCGAGAUGGGACGCCGCGGAGAGGGGCUCCUUGGUGGGGUGGGACCUCGCCGUCCGGCACUGGAACGUCCUGUCCAUGGCCAAGGAAUACUCUUCCUUGGUGGAGGAGGAGGAUGAGGACGACGACGAGGACUGGGAGGAAGAGGAUGAAGUAGACAGUGAUUAAUCAAGGGGAUUAGAUGUAAUAACAGACCUCUGUUAAAUUAAACCGCUGUUAAAUUAAGCCACUUGAAAAUGGUUAUAUAUACAUUGCUAUAGAGCGAUUGUGAAUACUAA